CCUCCCCACGGCAGAGCGGAGAGGAGCAGAGCGGCAGAGUGUUGCUGGCAGGAGCCUGAGCCUCAUGAUAAACUCUGGCAUCAGCCUCCCUUCAUCCGGCAGUCAGCGAGGACACUCCAGGGCGCAGGGGCCGAGAGACAGGGACAGAGAGCGUGAAGAGAGAGAGCGUGCGUGCAAGGGAGAGAGAGAGAAGAAGGCGCGAGAGAGAGAGUGAGAGUGAGAGAGAGAGAGAAGAGAGAGAGAAGAGAGAGAGAAGAGAGACUGGCAGGAGCCUCCUUGGUUGGACAGCGAUACAGCUCUUCUCCACAGCUCCGCGUGCAGUAUCUCAGCUCUGCAGCCCAGUGCCACUGAGCCUAGAGAGAAGAGAGAGCGAGCGAGAGACAGAACGAAAAAAAAUGGACUGCUCUCCACGCCGAUCCUCCAGGUGUCAUGUGUGAUUGGCCGACUUGCCCUCUGGCAGUAGUGUCCUCAAGGAUUCAGCGUGUGUCUCUCUCUUACCCAGCCUGAGCAGAAGCCUUCCCCUGGGACCCGCUCAUGGGAUUUAUCUCCUCCUCCUGGAGAGCGCAGGGCUGUCUGUUUUUUAAACUAUCCAGAAAGGGAAUCGUACACCGCACAGAUAAGAAGUGCAAUAAUGAAUCAAUCAACACGAGCAGGAAGACUGGAUUCCCUUAGCAACAACUGAGAGAAACGAGAGUCGUGCCUGUUUCUGCCCUGGGUUUUUUCCUAUUUUUUCUUUUUUAGGGAGGGGGGGGAAACAGCCCUGCAGACUGGACCGGCGAUCAGGAGCAAGCAUGAAGAGGAGCGCUGCAUGGACACCAAGGACACGCCAGUUGUCUUAGCGCCAAGGGAAGGUCUCGGCCUUCUGCCUCCUCUCCACUCCACCGACUCAUCACCACCAUGUUGAUUUGUCAUUCCUCCUCAGCAAAUUCUUAUCAUGAGUCACAUGCGGCUCGCUUAGAAAUCAGUUGAUUCUCCCUCCCCUGCCACCUGGAAUAAGCCCCGCUGUGGAGAUUGGACGGCGUCCACACACACACACACACACACACACUCUCUCUCCCAGGCAAACAAGCACACGCACGCAGACUCCCCUCACUCCUCCCACCUUCCUCCUCGCGGACAGCAAUGAAGGACAUGUUUCGGUCAUCGUCUGCAUAGGGGGAAACGGAUGUAUGCUGAAGUCCUUUUGAUGUGGGCUCCUUCAAAGAUUAGUCUUUCUUCUUCCUUCUCAUCAGAGAGAAUAAAUAAAAAAGUCAGUGGCACAGGACACUGGAGUAUCUCUUGUUUUGAAACAGGAUUUGUGUUCUCCUCCCUAAAAACAAAAACCCCUCUGAGGGACGACAUGUAUAAGGCGAAGCUCGUACUUGCUGGCAACCGAUAAUGUAGAGCAAGGCCGAUUAAAAAUUGAGAUACUGCUGGAGUUGUAUUUUUCUAUCAUGCUUGGAUGUCCUGCUCCGCAGCAGUGCUCGAUAUGAACCGUUGACUGCGAAGGUUGACUCUCUUAGGAUUUUUUGUUAUGUACAAUACACACAAGGCACGACUAAAAGGUUAAAAGUCACUGUGCAGUACCGCGUGCGUCGCUUGGAAAGGGGAAGUGGAAUUCAAAGAGAGGAUCCUGAAUAGGAAGCCGAUCCAAAUCCAACUCCUCAGAGACCGACCCAAACGUAUCCACCGACACACACGAUGAGUGGGCUCUCCGGCCUCGACACUGUUACAUAAGAGUUUUUCACACCGAUUUAUCUCACGGUUUCUUGUUUUUUUUCUUCUCCUGCCGCUCUGUGGAUUUAACACGAUAUUUUUCCCUUCCAUGUUUCGUUCCACCGCAUUCUUGGUACGUUCGACCAGAGGGCAUGGCUGUCGGAGGGUGAGCCGGGGGCAAGCCUGCGGCCCAGGGAAGGUCUUUUGGCUGCCCGGGUGCUUUUAAAAUGUUGAGGUCUCCCUGCCUGGCCGGGGCCCUUGUUCGGAUAAGUAGCACUGAGGCUCCUUGCGGCCAGAGACAUGGACCCCGACUCGGCUCCCCCAAGCCCUCAGCCCGCCGGCCGCUGGCCCCACGUCGCCCUGUGAAGGAUGUCCCUCACCAGAGCUCAGGCCCGGGACACCUCUGAGACGCCCAGCCCCAGAGAACGCAUCCGCAGCCACAUGAAGAUGGUGAUCAACCAACUGGAAGGCAUUCUCAAAGAGCUCAAGGAUGUGGCCAAGGAACUCCGGGAGGUGGUGGGUCAAAUCGACAAGCUCACAUCAGACUUUGACUUUGAUUUGGAGCCGGAUGAUUGGACAGUGGCCACGGCGAGCAGCACGUCCAGCAGCGAGCGAGGCCUGGGAGACGCCUUCCGGCUGGACUUCCUCAACCCCGACGUGCUGUCGGACAGCUGGGACUUCUGCAGCUACCUGGAGGCUUCCGCCGCCGCCUCCACCCGCAGGCCCGCCGAGCACUAUGGGGAGGCAGGGGCGGAGCCUGGGCGGGGGACUAUCCCUACCCAGACCCAGACGCCCACCCCGCCGCCCAGCACUGCCUCGGCUUACUCCCAGAUGAACGGCGGGCUGCCCAUCCCUAACGGACCCCGCAUCAUAACGCCGGACUCUUCGAGCGAGGAGGCCAGCAGCUCGACGCACAGCCACAAGACGUUGCGCACCUCGGGCACCAGAGAGAGGGUGCGUUUCAGCGACAAGAUCCUGUACCACGCGCUGUGCUGCGACGACGACGAGGAGGAGGAAGGGGAGGGGGGGGCGGAGGAGGAGAAGGGGGGCUGCGCGACACCAGACACUGACAGUGAGGAGCCCAGUCUCCUGGCCAGCUCGCCCAUCCCCCCUCUCUCCUCCUCAGAGCGCUCACUCCUCCAUAACUGCCUGGACCCUUCCUAUGUUCCCUCCCCAGGGAAGGCCAUGGCAGGGGCUCAUACCCUGCCCAGGAAAAGUCUCCUAAACCCCGGCUGCAGGAAAAAACUUCUACGGAACAGCAGCACACAGACUGUCUCAGACAAAAGCACCCAAACUGUACUGCCCUAUAUUCCAGCCAAACAGAAAACAAAGGAGCCCUGAAAAAAUAUUACUUUACAACAAAA